AUGCCACCAUCAGACAAGAUCGCAACAUCAAAAAAACCUGCAGUUCCAGGGAAACAAAGAGCCAUUCCUCGACCCAAAUGUGUAUGGAUGAACAAGGAUAAAAAGGUGUUGGUAAAAUUGGCGCUUGCCAAGAGGGGAGAGGAAUUGGAGAAGACAAAGACGAGGGGGAGGGCAAAAGAUGUCGAGGCUGUUAGGUCCAAAUGGAAUGCCCUUAAGUCUGAGUUUCAUGAUGUCAAUUGCCUCGUGCAACAUUGUUCAGGCCUUGGGUAUAACCCUGAUAAGGCCCACAACAUGAAUGAUGCAAACCGCUCUGUGUGGACCGCUAUAAUUGAGAGUUGUCCCAACAAGAAAAAAGCCUACAAGCACUUCAUGAAUGAAGGCUGGCCCUGGUAUGAUGACAUGCUGAUGAUCAUGACUGGAGUUCUUAAGGAAGCUGUCACAGCCACUGGCAAGGCUGGCGAUGUGCUUGAUCUUGCAGAGGACGCAGUGGGCGGAGAGGAUGUUAUGGAAGUCAAUGUUAAUGAGGACGUCAAUGAGGAUGAAACAAAUGAAGACAAAAUAGUUGAAGUAUCUAUCAGGACACUCGGCUCCUGCUUCUGUCUUAGCGAUGUCUUUGUCAUCGGCACUCUCCUGCAAGACUGUGCGCUCAUCCAGCGCAAUCGUUAUCAACAGAGUCAAAGAUCAGCAACUUCCCAGGAUACUUUCAACAAUCGUCUCCUCGCCAGUUUGGAAAGCAUUGGAACCUCCGCGGGCGCACUCCCUGCCCCGUCGGCCAGGAAUAUUGCCAUCAAGACCAUUGGAGAGCUGGAGGGUCAUCUUGGCAACGAACAGCAAGUUGCGCUGAUUAAUCUUCUUUGUGAUAAUGAGCGCAUGAUGAACAAUUACCUGGCUAUUGUUGAGACCGGGUGGGAAAACCUGCUUAAAAUAUGGGUGGAUAAGAGGUUGGCCCAGCUUGCUGCAUACCCAUCAAGCUAUACUGCUAACAACUGA